AUGGCGCAACAUGAUCCUAUUGAACGUCCAGAAAGUGGAGUUUGGAAAAAAACUAGAGAGGCCGUUGCACAUUUUAGAACCCUUCUUCUUUGCUCAAAAUGUUCGAAUUUCAUGAGCGACCCGGUUUGCCUUGGAGCAUGCGACCAUUUGCUAUGCAGAUCCUGCGCGAGCCCGCAAGCUGGAGCCGGCUGCAGUGUGUGUCACAGUCCUGCCUGGGUAAAAGAUAUUCAAAUCAACCGACAGCUCAGCAACAUCACGGAGCUCUUCCGCAAUCUCGAAGCAUUACUAAAUCCUUCUACUAAGAUCCCAGGUACACCCACUGAUUCCUCUGCACAGUUAGACAAAACUGCCAUUUUAAAGCACAAGAAGAAUUUCAAAAUCUGGUUCAGCCCAAAAAGUCGAAAAGUGCGCUGCCAGCUGGAGAAACCCGUGGACGUGGCCUCGUCGUCUAAGGAGCCGGCAACGGACUCCGACAAGGACGUUUUAUCUUCGUCCAAUGACUUGUCGGUAUUUAACUUCAGCUCCUCCUCUCAAGAAUCUGUCACCUCCCACUCGCCGUCAAAGGGGAAACAAGACAGUGGACAAACAAAGAGAAAGGCGAAGAAGAACGGUGGUCGUGUUUGUGCCAGAGCCAACGGGGAACGGAAACCCUCCACACGGAGUCAGACCAAACAGCAACACAAAAAGAAGAGACUAGAUGACAUCAACCAGCAGUGGGGCUUCGGGCGAGAGGGUGUCGCGGAGGAAAAGGACGAGGCUGACGAAAAUCAGAGUGGAUCCGGAGAAAACGAGGGGAGGUCCAGUAAGAGGGUGUCCUUCCAGUGCCCCAAAAGCCAGCGCGAGGAAACCCGGGUGACCGUCACCCAGGAUCAAACCCAAGUUCACAGCCCGACACGGGGCAUCCUGAAGCGGGGCGUGGCCAAAGAAGGUGACCCGGGUUCGUCUGCUCGGAGCGCCAACUCCGCUUGCCCCGCUCAGCGAACUGAUCCUGUCUCUGAGCGCUCUGCGUCUGCGGAGGGAACCCCAACGAAGCCUCCGCCUCAGGGCUCCAGGACGCCUAAAAGAGUCAGGCGCCAGGAGGGUUCUCUCAGUCCUGACAGUACACCCAAGAGACCCAGGUCUUCCACGAGCCACGGAAGACGUCCAGUGACUGAGAGAACCACGGAGCUGCCCUCCCCUCCAGCUACCCCAGACUCUUCUUCCUUUACUCCUACCAGGAGAACCACAGCUGGCCAGAAAGAAAGCCCAGGUCGCUCACCGGUAGCAGGGAGAAACAGGUCUCCGGUCACCCCUGUCCUCAGAAAGACUUCUCCAGGAGAGCUUAGGGGCUCUGGAGGACGGCCCAGCCAGAGCAGCCCUGCCUUUCUGAAAAGGAAUCGUAAGGGAGAGACUCCACUGCACCUGGCUGCAAUAAAGGGAGACGUGGAAUCCGUGAAGGGGCUGCUUGAGCUGGGCGCUGACCCUAACCUGAAAGACAACGCUGGCUGGACUCCACUGCAUGAGGCGUGUAAUCUGGGCCACCUGGGUGUGGUGGAGGUAUUGCUCCAGCAGGGGGCUCUGCUGAACAUCCCAGGCUACCAAAACGAGACUCCGCUGCACGACGCGGUCAGGAACGGACACACUGCUGUUGCCAAACGGCUGGCGGAGUGUGGGGCCUCACAGAACGUGUUGAAUAUGCAUGGACUGCGACCUGCUGACUAUGCCGGGACUCAGGAAAUGAAAGAAGUCCUGAGGGUGUCUGCUGUGGAAGCCCAACCACCAAUCAGCCCCCUCAGCUCUCCCUCCAGCCUCAGUAAGUCGCCGGGCUGUGUGAGAAAAGAGGACCCGAUCGCGGUUCUGGGGAGUAAACUGGACCGGACUCAGCAGAACCAGCUUACCAAAGCAGCCCAGCUCUUCGGGUGGAACCGGGUGGAGUCUUUCGACAGCACAGUGACCCACGUCAUAGUGCCUGACAGCCCAAUGCCCCUGACCCUCACCGCCCUGCAGGCCGUUCUCCAUGGCUGCUGGAUCCUCCGCUUCAGCUGGGUGACUGGCUGUCUGCAGGCAGGCGGCUGGACCGCAGAGAGUGAGCAUGAAGCAGGUGAAGCAGCCCAGCGUGGACGUGAGAACAGACACAGCCUGCUUCCGCCGCUGUUCGACGGCUGUUUCUUUUACCUGCUGGGAUCGUUCCGGAAGCCGCCCAGAGACGAGCUGCUGCAGCUGAUCAGAGAAGGAGGAGGUCGUCUCCUGAACCGCCAGCCCAAACCGGACAGCGACGUUACCCAGACCCUGAGCGCCGCCGCGUACCACGCCCGGCCCGGCUCGGACCAGGCCCUCUGCACGCAGUACAUCAUCUACGACCCGCAGGGUUCGUACGAACCGCAGUGGACUCGACUGGGCAAAGUGUGGUCAGCUCCUUCCUCCUGGCUACUCAACUGCAUCUCUGCUUUCCAGCUCCUACCAGUGCCAGAACUACAGUCACCCAGCAAACUCAGUUCAGAGUGA